AGAGAAACUUUCGUCCAAUGAAUUCGAAUUUUCUUUUCUCGUGGACUCUGAAUCCGAGAACCCGGUUUCCUUCGUUGUCAUCGGUUCCCGAAAAAUACAUCGCUGAGAAGAAAAUCGAAGCUUCAACCUCGCGUUCCGAUAAAUCGCAUCGGGGGAAAAUGGAACACAGCGUAAACACCAUUAGCCUUGCGUCGCUAUCACCGAUCGCGGUUCUAUCUAACUAAGCGGUCCGCGGAUCGAGAGGAAUUCCAACGCGCUCUGCAAGAAGCUUUCCACGUCAUGGCUACCGAUUCCGUUGCGGGCAUACGUCCACCUUAGAAGGCGUUGUAGGGAGAUAGUGGCCGGGUCAGGGACUUCCCGUAACGUGUGCAAACGCCUGAGCCUGUUGCGAAAGAGACGGAUCAAGAGAGAGAAAAAGGGAAGAGAUAUAGUUAGCAGAGAGAGCGUAAAGGAAGACGGUCGCAUGACAUAGCAAUUCUCUCGAAGCAGACGGAUUUCUUUGUAAGUGGGACGAUGUGCCUGCAUACCCCCGAAUCUUGGAGAGAGUCCAGAAAGUUCUGUCCUAGCUUUUGUCUCCAGGAACUCUAAAUUGCGGCCCGGUUUAUGGCGUUGUAAAUGAAACGAGGUACCUCUCGCAGCUUCGGUUUUAAGGACGUUCUACCCUACGGUAUCCUUAACUAAUUUAGCAGGCCACUGCGCGAAGCGUUGACUCGAGUAGGAACACGUUUUGUUGCCUCGAAAGCGGAACGAAAUAUGCCUAUCUACCGAUGAUCGAAGAACAUUUUGUCCAAGCAAGUUGCAUUUCAGCCACCGAAGAUCAUUGUAACUAGACACACAACAAAGCGACUAUAAUUCGCAAGACGGAUCGAUAGCACGUGUCGGUGCUCGGACAUAGCUCUGUGUACCGAGCCAUGAUGCAAGCACCGAUGUCUCGGACCGUUCGGUUUCAUCAGCCCCGGCGAACGAGCAGGUUGCGCUGAUAACCGAGCACAGAAAUCAACCCAGAAAUCGCUGAUCAUUGUGGGAAUCGUGAAAACUUGAUAUUACGCAUCUGUGCUUCCUCCCUUUAUCUUUUGUACAUACAGAUACAGCGAAUUUGUACCGGCUGACAUAUAGGGAGAACGUUCCGUCCCUUUUCGCCUGACGCAAUCACCGAGGUUCCCGUCCAUCUUUGCGACGAUAACAACAAUAAUAAUAAUAACAAUAAUGUUACCGACAAACGAACCCCGCAGCAAAGGACAGACCAGGACCUAUAAUUAAAUCCGGCUACUCAUGUAACGAACCGCCGUAACGGUUCUAUUUUAGCGACGACACACACUGGAAAGUUAAUUCGUUGCGUAACAGAUCCUCCGACCGUUUUAUAAUGACGGGCUAAUGGGCCUUUUCGAAUCCAGGGGAUCCUGAGCGUUCGAGGAACGAACACUUUCGAUCGUACUUUUGCGGUAUGCGUAUCGGCGCAUCGGUCUGAGAUAUGCAGUUACGGCUAAGCGAAAGUCAAGGAAUAAUGUGUUUGUCAACAUGCUUGUUUUUCCUUAUGGAAAUACAUACUACGGAUGAAUACGUUCAGCAGAAUCCGAGCUAAAUCUUUCCUGGUCGAGACAGGUUUUUCUUUAUGCCGGUGUCUGAGAUACUGAUUUUCGUAGGAAUUAUGUUCGAUUAGAUGUUAGUCGAAAACUCUGUUUCAAUUAUCUACUUUCCUGUCCUCUAGGUGUUAUGCAAGUCUUUGGAGGAUAAAUAGCAGCGAUUAGAGUGGAUCGAGCCUUGCUCGGUCAGCAACCUUGUUCUGCAAGCUGCCGUGCGUCGCGCCUGCCACAGGGAAUCCCCGUGUCCAUAGGCAAGAGGAAACUGGAUAUCGGGCUGCCGUGCGAUCGCGGGAGGAACGUUAAUAUUCCGCGGAGGCGGAACAUGGCGAACAUCUGGAGGACUUGGUACCGCGUCACUGGCACUCGGCGCAUUCCUCGGGGAUGCAUUCUUGAACCCGAGGUGGCCCAAGCGAUUUUAGGCAACACGGAGAUCUCGAGGAGCCAUAUGACGCCGGAAAUCAAGCUGUUCCUCCUGACGCCGAACUGCGAUCUCUAUCACGCCCCGUUCUCCAGCGUUUCGGAGGCGAAUGAGACAAAGAAACGCGUCUUCUCCGAGCCUUUCUGGUCCAUUUACUGGCCAGGUGGACAGGCUUUAACGAGGUUCAUCUUGGACGAGGGGAAGAACGUCAUUUCGACGUCGGAGAAAAGCGUCUUGGAUCUUGGCACUGGCUGCGGAGCCGCUGCCAUUGCCGCGAAACUUGUUGGCGCGAAAACGGUACUUGCGAACGAUAUAGACAAAGUGGCGUGUGCGGCCGUUUCGAUGAACGCGGCGUUGAACCACGUGGAGCUGCAGGUGUCGCAGGAGGAUCUGUUGCAACGUUCAACAUCCGAGAAGCUCGCGGACGUCAUCCUCGUCGGGGACAUGCUGUACGACGAGGAGAUCGCCGUCCGUUUGAUCCCCUGGCUCGAGAAAGCGCGGGAAAACGGGACUCGGAUUUACCUGGGCGAUCCAGGAAGACACGGUUUGACCGAGAACUUGAAGAAGAACUUGAAGUUACUCAAAAGAUACUCGCUGCCGGAGAACGUCAGAAAGGAGAACCAUGGCUAUCAACAAUGCGAGAUCUGGGAAUACCUCGGCUCGAAGAGAAACUAAACCAUCGAUUCUCUCGCAACGAUUUGUAGAUACAUAUUUUCCUCGCGUUCUUGCUAUUCGAGAUAACGUACGUUCGCAAUUCUAGACGAAUAUUAAGUCAUCGAUGCGUGGAUGACACGGCAGUAAAAGAUCCGCGGGGCAUUGCGCAAUCGUUCACUGCUUGGACGACUCUGCGAUGUUAACGCGUUACCGACGAGCGCGGUCGAAUACCGCUAUGAACCGUGAAUCGUCGUCUACGAAAUGCGUCGAGUGAAUGCGCUGUUUAUAUUAAGUUCAAUUAAUACGUAUUAUAUCGUUAUUGCUACGGCUUAUCGACGACGAGUCGCCGACUUCUCGGUGCACGGGUAGAAUUUAAGAGAUCCUAGAGCAAUUGUCGAUUGACUUUGUCCAAGAGAAAAAAGAUAUCUCGAAGACCGAAACCAUGUACCUUGGGGUCAACGAUAAAUAGCAGAAGCGUGUCACCGGCUUGUCCAGCCGCGAUCAGAUCGCGCGGUUGUUCUCCGCUCGCUAUAAACGCGCGAUCGGGUUGCGUGAUUAAAUAAUAGUCGCCCCGGUUUCCUUGUCGCACGGAGGCGCGUGCUCGCCUCGUAAACAGCCCGGUGGUCGGGCUCAUGGCACAGAGAGACGAGAACGAUUGCGAAAGAGAUUCGCGAUAACGCGUCACUGCGGACGAUAGUAUCGUCGCCUAUCUGUGUCUGCGAUACCGAAUUCAAGAUCACGAUCUAGACGCAUAACGGCUCCGCCUCUCUGUGCAUGGAAACAGCAGAUCUGCUGUUACCACUUUCCGGUGAGUCAUCCGCGGACCGAUAAUCUUCGUCCGACCUCGGGCUUCGGCGAUUAAUUAGUCAGUGCACGGGUCGGGUUCGUGGAAUCCGCGACGAAAGUCAUCCUUGAUCUUUCAAAAUCUACGAUAGCUCCGCGAACACAUGGCGUCUUGUAAGAUUCCACCCGUGCACCGUCAGGGUCACGUGCAUUCGAUCGAUCCGUUCGAUAGAAACGUAAAGUAUAGCAGAUAUUAUCCGAUGAUGCAUUUAUUCGAAGAAGACCGGGCAGACGGAACGCACGUGCAUCUUAUUUGUACGAGGAUAGCGCUGGAACUUCCGCGAUUCAUCUAUAUGUAUAUUAUAUUGUAAGUCGAGUCUCGCUCACCUGUUUGCCGACAUUGGCCUCGAUGCUUUCCUGUUGCACCGCGGAGCCAGUCCUAAGCGAGGUCACGUUCGUCAAUUUGAUCCUGCACUCGUACCUCGAUCGAUCUGCGAAGAAGCAGAUCGCCAGGCCGGUUAGCCAACGGAAAAGCCCGACACGGGGGUUAAAGAGUUGCAAGGAAUGCGCAGGGCUCACUGUUAUAGAUCUUGGUUCCGUUCCUGCAGACGCACGGGGCCUCCCCCAAAGGGCACUGCAUUAUGCAAUUCUCGGGUCCGCAUUCUGCGAACAGGCAAGCAUUGACCUCGUGAAGCGCCAGACCGACAGAUCCUCCCGUCAAUGAGUCACACGCGACGGCGUGCGCGAGUGUGACUCAUUGAGAAAUUAUCUGAGCGAUGCCGAGGAGCGUUUUACCAGCGUCCCAGGUGUCCAUCAAGUGAAUCUCGCACAGCCUGCCGACGUAGCCGUCCGGACAAUGGCAGUUCAUCGCCUUCGCUCCGAUUUGCCUGCAAUCCGUCAAGGAGACCGCGUCUCAAACAUCUUCGAACGUAGCCAAACUCACCCCUUAAAAGGGUACUUCGACCAUCGAGGCGAUUUCCUCCGCGAGUAGAAGAAUUUUAGCGCGCAUUCGAAUCGAUUCGCGUUAUCGAAUUCCGCUUCGAAAGCACGCUCGCGAUUCUUUCUUGCGGUCUCGGACGUAUCGCCGGAGUCCGAACCGAUCUCACGCGAGAAAAUCGCGUUACUUUACCGAACCAGAAGAAACGGUGGUGGACUCCGAACGUGACCGGGCCGUCAUUGUUCGCGUUACUUCGGCAAACAUUGUUCACCUCCUUGAAUGCAGUCCCAUUUAUCGCGGAAGAAAGGGGCGAUUUUUAUAGAGGGUCGAACAAAAGGAUCGAAGAGGGCGAUUUUUAUGGAGACCCGAGCUUCCGGUUCGUGCGGGAGGAAGCGCGGCGACACGAGGCCGGGCUUCGCGUCCGACCUAGUUCCACUCUUUCGGAAUAAUUCCAUCUGGUUAUUGGUGCACGAUGAUUGUCAUUAGUGUUCUCGAAUCAAUGGCGAACGAAAUCCUGUUAUUACGCAACGCGACCGACAAAGUAAUCCGUCGCUGUUGCGACGCGAACCGUUGGAACGCGGACGAUUCCCGGCGACGGAAUCCUCGUGACGUGCGCAGACAGCGUGGCACGCGCACGAUUAGGUCUUUAAAUAUACAAUAUUUUGGCACGCGCGCCUUCUUCGAUCGCGUACGAACGGCUUAGGGUAGCUCGAUUUAGUUUCGUGUUGGCGACUCGGACGACAUUCUUGAGGACAUUCGAGCGCGAGCGUGUUGCCCGCGGGUUAAUAAACGGCACCGCGUUGUAAACGUUACUGAAAAUAAUUCUACUAUCUGUCUCACCUGCAAGUUCCUCCGUUUUGGCACACGUGCUUGCGAUCGUCGUCGAAGCACAGAGGUCCCUCGUUGCAGGUCUUUCCGUUGAAGUCCUCGAAGCAGUCGCACCAGAAAUUACUGAGGGAACAUGACCGUGUGGGUCUCGUUGCAUUAAUUAAAUACAAAUCCAUUAAAUAGGAUUAUCUCCCCUGUUCAACGAUGACUCGUGGAAGAGACGGAUAACAGGUUAAUGAAAUGCCCUAAACGGGUUCUCGUUCUUAGGCGGCACGUCGAGCCGUUGCUCGGUAACCAUAAGAGGUGGAAAAGAAACCGCGAAUUCUUCGGAAGCGUCGGCCAUGAGUCAGCAAACUUUCCGCGGGCGAAUACUAUGUAUAGUUUCGACAUUCGGGCUGCUCGUGAAGAAUGCAAACACGUGUUCCGGAGAGAAAUGGGUCGCGUUCCGAGAAAACGAGAACCUCGAUAACGGUGGCAACCAGAUGAAGCGACGACGUGCCGGUCUAAGUCCUGAUCGCGUGCGAGAAAAUUGCUGGCUGCGGUGCUUAGGAUUGCAGGUGGAUACGCUAAUUUGUCGACAUCGAUCUGCGAAGCGUUCGCUUUUUUUCACUGUACACAAAUCUAACUGCAGAAAAUGAUUGAUCAAGCGUGUACAGAAAACGAAGUCGCCAGAGACGAAUAGACGUAAAAAUUCUGUGGAACCGUCUCGGUCGUUCGGGGAACCAAAUCCAUGGUAUUCGCCGUUUAUAGAUAAACAUCUAUGUGGGCCAACGAAACCAACGGCUCGCUUAUUCGAUUAUGAAUAGCGUAAUGCUGUAACAACGUUCUCGUUGCGCGGUCUGAUGAAAGAAACGCGGGUACAUAAAUGGAACAAGGUAAACAGAGAACAUGGCGAAAUACAAGAUGGAAAGACGUAGGACUCACCUGUAGUCCGCAGACACCAGACAGUUGCCGGUGAAGGAGCAAUGCUGCACGGAGCAGGAAUCCGAAUUCGGCUCGACCUCGGUCAUCUGGUACGUGACGUUGAACCCGUAUACGUCGAGAAGAUCGUUUAACACACGCAAGUGAUUCCCCUCCAGCCGGUCAAGCUCGAAUUCCACGACGAGAAACGGCCGAAACGACCGUAACCACCUGAACUCGAACACAUUCCAUUCGGUGACCUCCUUGAUCAACGCCGCGCCGUAGUUCAUGCUCUCCGAUUCAUAAUAAGCGUACUCGGUGAACCUGAGACCCUUGUACACGUACACCUGCCAGAAACAAAACGAAGAGAUGCAAAUCAAAUGUUUUUCCGUUUUUAAGGGCAACGUUCGAGAUCAAGGACGACCGAGUUGCGGAAGAGGGACACCGCCGGACUCGGUGUCCUUUGACGCGGAGCCUAGGCGAACAUUUAGGGCGAGGACGCUUUCCCUGGACUCUCUAAGAGAAACGCUAUGAUCAAAGACCGAGGACAAUCCAUUUUUUUCUUUUUCUUUUUUUGACAUUUCUCAAAGCUUCUGGUUUCUUUCGUUAUCGCAUCGACCAAUUUUCUUUCUCGCACCUGGGUCAGAUAGACGACGAUCGAGCUGUUGGUGACCGGUAUGUCGGACACGUCGAUUACCCAGCGACACUUUAUGGGAACCGGAAACGAGGCGGGAAAGUUCGGGGUCUGGAUCACUCCCCUAGGUGCCGUCCGACGAUCGCCGCAGGAAACUUCGGCUGAAGUGGAAGCUUCGAUUAAGGUCAGACACCAGAGGGGCAGGAGGGAAACGCUGCUGGAUACGGUGAACUUCAUCUUCGUCGGAUCGAUCUGAAAUCAUCCAUGAAAUUCUGCUGCCCGGAGAUCAUUCUAAAGAAAGAUUUAUUCGCGAACGGUGCGCGAGCGACGUAGCGAGCCAGCGUAAUUGAAUCGAGAAUCUCGCGUCUGUUGCGACGCACAUAACGUAAUCAGCGUUAAUUGAUUCUAUAUUCGAUGAUUAAUGUUAACAAUAGAGUAUCGGGUCGCCAGCGACUUAAUCCAGCGGACGGAUACCCCGCUGCAAUGUUUAUCGCAAGCCAAGCGAGGACAGGAUUAAUCCACGUGGGAGUAUAAUCCCUGAUUACACAAAGCAGCCGUUCCGCGAAUAAGCUCGCCGCCCGAUAUUCGAUUUAUUUACAUUCCUUCCGAAAGAAGCAGUCCGGUAUUGCGCCGAUUCCGUACGGAAUUAGUCCCCCCGAGUAAACCUUUGGCUUUGUCGAGAAUCCGGUGCCAAUGACUCAUUCGCAUUGGCACACGUCUCGGAACAAUCGCUCUCAUAGAUCAGAAAUUCGACAAUUUUCAUCGAUGUACUAGAAUCUUUCCCCGCUCGAGCGCUAUCAGCGUUGCAAACACGAUCGAAUAAUUCCAUAUUUUCGAAUUGUUCCUUCGCGAGAGACUCGAUUCUCCGGCGCAAUAUAAACAAAUCUCUCAAGCUCGAGCCGAUAUCGGUUGCUGGCGCCUCGCCGCGGCGUUUCAACCGCUAAUUAAAACAGUACAGAAAUUGCGCGAAUGGGUUUUCUAUGGGAUCUCGCGGUCGGAUGGCGACCCUUGCUUAGCUAACAACCCGAAAAAAAAACGGUUUCAGCUCCGUUCGCUCCAGUUCUGGGCUUACCUAUACCCUACACCCCGUGUCGGCCGUUUACACACACUUCACUCCCGCACGGAAACAACACCCGGUGGGGGAUGAUCGCGUCGAAUGGAGCUUACAUCGAGCACCCGUGGACCCGAAGGGGUUCGAAGUCAUAGUACCAGGCUGGGAUUGGGGUGUACACUGUCGGUCUCGGGUUUCUAAGGGCGGCGAGGGCGAGCGCAGGGAUAGCGACGAUGCAUUUUAAUCGAUCUUAUCACGCGCGGCAGCCACGAUUAAACGAACAGAUCGGGAGAACGAUCGCGGAGGGUUGUCGCGAACCAACCAACGAACGACCGAACCCGCGAUCUGUCGGCAGGCUAGGCGUUAGCCUCUUCCACACGACUGAUCUCUCAGCGCGCACCCUCAGUCCACCCCCUUGGCCUGCAAGGGGUGGGACACGCGGGUCACGGCGCUUCUCGCUGAGCAAAAUCGUUUUGCACUGUCGUCGUCUUUGUCGCAUACAGAUUUUCGCGGUAUUUAUUUAGCACUGUCGAUCCUUAAGCGAAAGCUUGAAAUAUUCAAUGAAUUAGCACGUGACUGUCAACUUUGCUGCGUAGUCGAUCAUCGACAGCAGACAUUUAAAUAAGGUCAUCGUCGUGGCUGCAACAGUACACUUAAGGGUUAAUGUUGUUCGUAUCUAUUCAUGGGGGCUUUUAUAUGGUUUUAUGUGACAGGUUUUGUCCGGUAAUGAUUGUUUUAAUCAAUGCACAGGGUGAAUCGUUUAACUCUUUUGACCAAAUUUUUCUAAUAGAGAAAGGUAGCGAAAAAUAAUUUGUCGCCGUGUAUGCUACUCUUUAUACCAAACGGAUAAGAGAGACUUUAUGCCAAACGUGGAAGAGUUAAACGAUUCAUCCUGUAUGAUACAGUAAGGUAUAGUAAGUAUGAUACAGUAUGCAGACGGAGUCGUUAAAGUUUAAUAAAUCCGAUGUUUCAAUAGGAAAUGAUGUUUUCUAAAUUAGGUAAUUGUGUUAUAUAUAACGCCAUUAUCAGAUUAGUGGAUAGACCAGAUUAGAACUGGUUCAUCCUACCGCGAUGAGCCAGUAUAUCCAAGCAACGCCACUGAAAGAUAGGGGAAGAUAAUUGUACUGUCGAUCGAUGACUAACAGACUGUUUAGUUACCGUGUUAAGUACGGGGACCUCUGUAAAGUUCAUGUGCAAUGAUGCGAACGCAGUGAAAUUUUCCCGUGAUCGCCAAAUCUUCCUUUCGAAUCAGAAAACUGUAUAAUUAUAUACGUACAUAUUUAUUAAGAAAUAGACGUGUUUAUCUUACAGGUCGCGAUUGUAAUUUAUGUACAUUUUCAGUUGAAACAGAAGCGGUAAGCUAUGUAUGCUUUCUUUCAUAUGACGAGAAAUGGCGUUCCUAUUUACGUAAGUCUCUUUGCAGUCAAUUCUUGGAAAAGGUGUCUUUUGCAUCCUUUUAAUAGUCUCUUCCUAAUGCUUCUGAGUACGUCAACGAAGGGAGAUUACACUUAGCUAAAACAAUGAAAAUCGUUACAAUACAUUGCGGCGCGCUUCAUUUAAGCUAAAAGAUUUUUUUGUAAAAUAUUGAGGCAACUGUACAUAUACAUACGUAAACAAAUGUAAGCCUCCACUGAAUAAACAGCUCUAGCCUUCCUUUAACAUACUUUA